GGAUUCAGCAAUUUGAGAACAUGCCACAACUGCAAUUAAAUCGGGCCGUACGAUUAACGGCAUAGAUCCAACGAAUCCAACGGCUACGAAAGGGACCGCGUUAGAGUAAGGGCAAAACCCAAUUCCCCAAAUAAAUAACAAAAACCUUCAUCUCUAUCUUUAACCACCUUCCUAGCAGAUAGCCUCCCUAUUCUCCUUCUCCAUUCCAAACCCUUUUCCGCCAUUGUUAUACCUCAAAAACUAACAUAUUUUACAUAUAAAAACAACCCAUUAUUAGACCCUUUUUCAAGAUGCAAUCAUCCGGAAAUUCCGCAUCAGAAAACAAUAACACUACCAACACCAAUCAAGCGCCGCCGCCGCCGCCUUUGCAGCAGCAACAGCAACAACAACAACAACCAGUCGCCGCCGUCACCUCCGUCACCGCAGCUCAUACAGGAUCUGUAUGGUUGCAAUACCCAGCAGCGGCUUUGGUAAUGCAGCAUCAGAUGAUGGGGGCUCCUCAACCUUACCCACCGCCGCCACACUAUAUGGCGGCUUAUCAUCCUCAUCACCCUUAUAUUCAACCACCACAUCCACCCUCACAUCAUCAUCAUCAACAGAGAAAUAAUUUUCAUCAUCAUCAUAAUAAUAAUAAUAAUAAUAAUAAUAAUAAUCAUAAUAAUAAUAAUAAUCAUAAUAAUAAUAAUAACCAUCCUAAUAAUGGUAAUGGUAAUAACAUCAAUAAUAAUAAUACUUAUAAUAAUGGGAAUAAUAAUGAUGGGUCUAGUGAAGAUAAUAAAACUAUUUGGGUCGGAGACCUUCACCAUUGGAUGGAUGAGAUUUAUCUUAGCACAUGUUUUGCUUCUGCCGGAGAGAUAGCAUCAGUUAAGGUUAUCCGCAAUAAACAGACGGGUGCCUCAGAAGGAUACGGAUUUGUCGAGUUUCUGACUCAUGCCAUUGCAGAGAAGGUGCUGCAGACUUACGCAGGCGUCAUGAUGCCCAACGCAGAGCAGCCAUUUCGUUUGAACUGGGCGACUUUUAGUAUGGGUGAUAAGCGGGCAGAUAAUGGUUCUGAUCUUUCUAUCUUUGUGGGUGAUUUAGCAGCAGAUGUGACUGAUACUAUGUUGCAUGAACUGUUUGCAAAUAAGUAUCCCUCUGUUAAGGCUGCAAAGGUUGUGAUCGAUGCUAAUACUGGUCGAUCCAAAGGCUAUGGUUUUGUGAGAUUUGGGGAUGAUGGUGAGAGGACGCAAGCAAUGGCUGAAAUGAAUGGUGUCUAUUGCUCUACUAGGCCUAUGCGCAUUGGCCCAGCUACCCCUCGGAAAUCUCUAGGAUAUCAACAAGGUGGAUACGGAUCGAAUGGCAAUGGUGGACAAGGCUCACAAUCUGAUGGAGAUUCAUCAAACACAACGAUAUUUGUUGGAGGGCUUGAUCCAAGUGUAGCAGAUGAAGAUCUUAGACAACCAUUUUCCCAAUAUGGGGAUAUUGUUUCUGUUAAAAUCCCUGUGGGAAAAGGGUGUGGGUUCGUCCAAUUUGCAAACAGAGGUAAUGCUGAGGAGGCUUUAAACAACUUGAAUGGAACAGUAAUUGGGAAGCAAACAGUACGCCUCUCAUGGGGCCGUAAUCCAGCUAAUAAACAGUCAAGAGGAGGUGACUAUGGAAAUCAGUGGAAUGGAGGGUACUAUGGAGGACCCAUCUACGAUGGUGGUUAUGGUUACGUACCUCACCCUCACGACCCCAUGUACGCUGCUGCGGCUGCUGCUGCCGCCUACGGUGCCUACCCCAUGUAUGGAAACCAACAACAAGUUAGCUAAAGAACGAAGAUCCAAAGAUCGAAAUCAGAGUUUAGACAAGUAGUUGAUGAGGAGAAGAUAGCCUCAGCAAUACACACUACCUAAGCCAAUAUUGUUUCAUUCUUUGUAGUGUGAUUUUGUUGUCUUUCUAUUGUAUGGAACCCCUAGCUAGCUCUUAGCUCACCCUCCUAAAGUGGAGUGGAACUGAAUUUUGAUAACUCCCUAUCUAGUUUUAUUACUAAGUUCUUUUUUUUUUUAGACAUUCAUUAUAAGGGACAAAUUAAAUGGAAUUGGGGAACUUGCUCCUUUAGAAUAUAUUUGUGUGUGCUAUUUAUGCCUUUUGUUUAUUUUGGGUUAUUUAAUUUUCAAUAAUUGUUGUAUGAGACGGUCCCACUGAAACACAUGUCUUAUGUAUGUGUUAAAUAGCUAAUUCAAUAAAUAUUAUGAGAAUAUAAGCUUCUUAUUUGAGA